CUGGCCUGCGACAGUGGCGGCAGCUCCCGCGGGGACACAAUCGUGCCGGGGCCCGGGGAAGGCGGCCUGCUGUCUGCAGCCGGAAGAUGACGGGAAGAGCUAGAGCCAGAGGAAGACCUCCCAGACAGGCAUCUGCUCCUCCUWCUGUAGGAGAUGCACCUGUGCAGCAGAGUGUGCCCAGCCAGCUGCGCGGCCGCCGGCAGCCCCAGCAGCUCCAGCAGCUCCAUGUCCCUCCAGCACAGGCAGAGGAGCCUGGGGGCCAUGGGCACCUGCGCAGCUUUGACACUGCUCUGCAGGAGAGAAGGCCGGAAGGGCAGGCYGAAAAAUUCGGCGUCCACAAGAGAUUACARGUUUCUUCAGGACUCCAGGAUUUGUCUUUAAGAGAUAGGGGUGGACGUCGUAGAGAUUUCCAUGACCUUGGGGUGAAUACUCGGCAAGCCAUGGUACAUGUUCAAGCRUCCAAAACUGGUUCUUCAGGAAGAAUGAUCAAACUGACCACCAAUCACUUCCGCCUGACAUCGCGCCCGCAGUGGGCUCUGUACCAGUACCACGUUGGCUACAGCCCUGAGAUGGAAUCGCGGCGCCUGCGCUCCGCUCUGCUCUUCCAGCACGAGGAGCACAUUGGRAAGACCCAUGCCUUUGAUGGCUCAAUAUUAUUCUUGCCAAAAAAAUUAGAGAAUAAGGUUACUGAACUGUUUAGUAGGACUCGAAAUGGGGAGGAUGUGAAGAUAACAGUUACAUUGACUAAUGAGUUGCCACCUACUUCACCUACUUGUCUGCAAUUUUACAACAUCAUUUUUAGAAGGCUUUUGAAGAUGCUGAAUUUGCAGCAGAUUGGACGUAAUUAUUACAACCCCAGYGAUCCAGUCAGCAUCCCUAAUCACAGGCUGAUGGUGUGGCUGGGCUUCACAAGUUCCAUCCUCCAGUAUGAGGAGAACAUCAUGUUGUGUGCAGAUGUGAGCCAUAAGGUUCUUCGUGGGGAGACCGUGUUGGAUACAAUGCACAGCCUUCACUCCCAGGUUGGAGAGGAAAGAUUCAGGGACACCUGUGCUAAAGAGCUGAUUGGUCUCAUUGUUCUUACAAAGUACAAUAACAGAACAUACAGAAUUGAUGACAUCGACUGGGAUAACAAUCCAAAGAGUACCUUUAGAAAAUCAGAUGGUUCUGAGAUAAGCUUUGUGGAGUACUACAAAAAGCAAUACAACAUAGAAAUUAGUGAUUGGAUGCAGCCUGUCUUGAUGAGUCAGAUGAAGAGGAUUAGAGGGAACAUACAAGGAACUGUGGCUCUGAUUCCAGAGCUCUGCUCCCUWACAGGAUURACUGACAAGAUGCGCAGUGAUUUCAGUAUGAUGAAAGACUUGGCCAUUCACACACGGCUGCCCCCUGAGCAAAGGCAGAGGGAGAUUGGGAGGCUUCUGAACUACAUCCAAAAAGAUGACAAUGUUCAGAAGGAGCUCCGAAACUGGGGUUUAAGCUUUGAUUAUAAAUCAGUGUCCUUUACAGGAAGAGUUGUUCAAGGAGAAAAGAUCUUUCAAUCAGGAAACAUGUUUGAUUACAACCCUCAGUUUGCUGACUGGACCAAGGAGACGCGGGGCGUGCCCUUGAUCCGCGCGGUGCCCGUGGACAGCUGGCUGCUCAUCUACACCCGCCGCAACUACGACGUGGCCAACACCCUCCUGCAGAGCCUCUUCAAGGUCACCCCAUCCAUGGGCAUCAGGAUGAGUAAGCCAAACAUGAUUGAAGUAGAUGAUAGAACAGAGGCGUAUUUAAGGGUUUUACAGCAAAGGGUUACCCCUGACAUAAACAUAGUAGUUUGUAUUCUGUCUAGUUCACGAAAGGAUAAAUAUGAUGCCAUCAAGAAAUACUUGUGUACAGACUGUCCUGUCCCCAGUCAGUGUGUGCUUGCUCGCACUUUGAGCAAACCACAGACAAUAAUGACUGUGGCAACAAAAAUUGCCCUGCAAAUGAACUGUAAAAUGGGUGGAGAACUCUGGAGUGUUGAGAUCCCACUGAAGCAGGUGAUGAUUGUGGGCAUUGAUUGUUACCAUGACACUGUCUCUGGAAAGCAGUCCAUUGCGGGGUUUGUCGCCAGCCUGAAUCAAACUGUGACACGAUGGUUCUCCCGCUGCGUUGUUCAGAGUCGUGGGCAAGAACUUGUGGAUGGAAUCAAAGCCUGUUUGCAAACUGCCCUAAGAAACUGGUCCAAGUGGAAUAAGUGUUUGCCCUCUCGUAUUUUUGUGUAUCGUGAUGGUGUUGGAGAUGGACAACUCAAUACUUUGGUUAAUUAUGAAGUGCCUCAAUUUCUGGAUUGCUUGAAGAGUAUUGGUACUGACUACAGUCCRAGACUUACUGUGAUUGUAGUGAAGAAACGAGUGGGUGCCAGGUUCUUUGCUGAGAUGGGUGGAGGACUGAAAAACCCACCCCCUGGGACUGUUGUUGAUACUGUGGUUACCAGACCCGAGUGGUACGAUUUCUUUAUUGUGAGCCAGACAGUGAAGAAUGGCUGUGUUGCACCAACUCAUUACAAUGUGAUUUAUGACACCAGCCAGCUGAAACCAGACCACGUGCAGCGYUUAACCUACAAACUCUGCCACAUGUACUACAACUGGUCGGGUAUUAUCAGAGUACCUGCUCCUUGCCAAUAUGCUCAUAAAUUGGCUUUCCUUGUYGGUCAGAGUAUUCACAGAGAACCAAAUCUGAUGCUUUCAGACAGACUGUACUAUCUUUGAAGUUGAGUUACCAGCCAAACAAGUGUAGUUCCUCUCUAGGGAAUGUAGAAUUGUCUGGGCUUUUAGUUUAUAUUUGGUUUUUUGUAAGAGAUGUGCACAGGAUAUGUGCACUUAUGCAGCUUACUUUCUUUGUACCACAGAAAAGCUUGAGAUCUGCAUUUUUAACAGCUUGGUAGARGUAACCAUGCAAAUGAGUUCUGAUACUUAUUUAUUAAUUAUCAGUAAGUAUCACAGUUUUUGUCAUCUUCACAAAAGUUUAUUGGUUGUUCUCAUUUACGUUUUGGGAAGUCUUACUUCUUGCAUGAAAUAGAGUUAUGCAGACCAAAAUCAAAGCUUUUCCAGCUGGCACAUUAACCCUUCUAAUUUUCAAAAUGCUUCAAUAUUGUUGAUUCCUUGUUUUUGUUGGCUGUUAAAAUGAGGGCAGAAUUUUGUCUCCUGAACUGUCAUACCUUAAGAGGAGGCAAUCAGGCGUUGUUGGUUAGCAGGGCUUUGUUUUAAGGCUGCAGAGUGAUGCAAAACCUCUGGAAGGGUUUGUAACAGUUGUU